AUGGAGGUGCUGUCGGAGUCACUGGAGCACUCAAUCGUGGCGGCCGCUGCCUCGCAGUUCGCCCGGAGAAUCUACCAUGUCGGCGGCAGUGUGGGCAUGCCACAUAAAUGUCGCCUAGUAUACUCAGUUGAGCGAUGUAUGAGUGUGAUGCAGUCGGGGACCCAGAUGGUGAAGCUAAAGAACGGCUCCAAAGGCCUGGUGCGCCUCUUCUACCUGGACGAGCAUCGCUCCUGCAUCCGGUGGAGGCCCUCCCGGAAGAGCGAGAAGGCCAAGAUCACCAUCGACUCGCUCUACAAGGUCACGGAAGGGCUUCAGUCGGACAUCUUCCACCGCCACGGCGAUGGGAGCUUCGAUCCCGCCUGCUGCUUCACCAUUUACCAUGGCAACCAUAUGGAAUCUGUGGACCUGGUCACCUCCAACACCGAGGAGGCUCGCACCUGGGUGACCGGCCUCAGGUACCUGAUGGCAGGCAUUAGCGACGAGGACUCCCUGGCCAAGAGGCAGCGCACCCAUGACCAGUGGAUGAAGCAGACAUUUGAAGAAGCGGACAAGAAUGGCGAUGGUCUUCUGAACAUCGAUGAGAUCUACCAACUGCUCCACAAAAUGAAUGUGAAUCUGCCUCGGAGGAAAGUCAAACAGAUGUUUCAGGAAGCAGACACAGAUGAGCAACAGGGCACCCUGACGUUCGAGGAGUUCAGUGUGUUUUACAAGAUGAUGUCGCUGCGGCGAGACCUCUUCCUGCUUCUCAUGUGCUACAGCGACAAGAAGGACCACCUCACCGCCGAGGAGCUGGGGAACUUCCUGCGUGCCGAGCAAAAGAUGCCAAACGUGACAGCGGACUACUGCCUGGACAUCAUUGAUAAGUUUGAAACCUCUGAGGAGAGUAAGCAGAAAGGCGUCAUUGGCAUUGACGGGUUCACCAGUUUCAUGCGUAGUCCGACGUGCGACGUGUUCAACCCCGUCCACCUGGAGGUGAACCAGGACAUGGAGCAGCCGCUCUGCAACUACUUCAUCUCCUCCUCCCACAACACCUACCUGACCGGAGACCAGCUGCUCUCCCACUCCAAGACGGACAUGUACGCCUGGGUGCUGCAGGCCGGAUGCCGCUGUGUGGAGGUGGACUGUUGGGACGGCCCCGACGGAGAGCCCAUGGUCCAGCACGGCUACACACUCACCUCCAAAAUCACCUUCAAGUCCGUGAUAGAGACCAUCAACAAAUACGCCUUCACCAACAAUGACUACCCGGUCAUCCUGUCCAUUGAGAACCACUGCAGUAUCCAGCAGCAGAAGAAGAUAGCCCAGCACCUGAGGGACAUCUUCAAGGACAAGCUGGACGUGGAGGAAGCGCUUAUGAAGGACCCCAAGCAGCUGCCCAGCCCCAGCAGCCUGAGGGGCAAGAUCCUACUCAAGGGUAAGCGUCUGCCCCCGCACCUGUCAGACGACGCGGAAGAGGGGGACGUGUCAGACGAUGACAGUGCAGAUGAGAUCGAGGACGAUUUCAAGCUGAGGGGCGGCACCAGCAGCCACCUGAGUCAUCACCAGGUGGAGUCCCACAUCCGUAAGAAGCUGGACUCCCUGCUGAAGGAGGCCCAGAUCGGGGACAAGGAGGACACCGACAGCUUCUCCAUCCGGGCACUGCUGCGCGCCACCAGCGAAGGCCUCCAGAGGAACCUCCAGAAGAACUCCAAACACGCUCUGAAGAAAUCCAACAGCCGGUCUUUGAUGGGCAACCUCAAGCACAAGAGAAAUUCAAGAUCUAGGCUAAAGUGCCAAAGUGUGGACACAGAUGAUGACGGGAACAUGGACGUCUAUGGAAGGGAGAUGGUCGGGAUGCCCAACAGGGCUGGCAGGCGGAGGAAGACCAUUAAGCUGAGUAGAGAGCUGUCCAACCUGGUGGUGCUCACCAACUCCUUGGCCUCUCACGAAGUUCUGGAUGAGGGUGCCCCGGGGAAUGUGCUGUCGUUCAGUGAGACCAGGGCACAGCAGCUGGUCCACCAGCGGUCAGAAGACUUCCUGCGUUUCAACCAGCUGCAGCUCUCCCGCAUCUACCCCUCCGCCUACCGCAUCGACUCCUCCAACUGCAACCCGCAGACCUACUGGAACGUGGGCUGCCAGCUGGUGGCGCUGAACUACCAGACGGAGGGUCGUAUGAUGCAGCUGAACCGGGCAAAGUUCAUGGUCAACGGAGGCAGUGGCUACGUGCUAAAACCAUCACCCAUGUGUAAAGGAACCUUCAACCCCUUCGCUGACGACCCGCUCCCAGCCUCUCCCAAGAAGCAGCUGGUACUGAAGAUCAUUAGCGGGCAGCAGCUCCCCAAGCCUCCUGACUCCAUGCUGGGCGACCGAGGAGAGAUCAUUGACCCCUUUGUGGAGGUGGAGAUCAUUGGCCUUCCAGUGGACUGCUGCAAAGAACAGACCAGAGUGGUCGACGACAAUGGCUUUAACCCUGUGUGGGAGGAGACUCUGUCCUUCACCCUGCACAUGCCAGAGAUGGCGCUGGUGCGCUUCCUGGUUUGGGACCACGACCCCAUCGGGAGAGAUUUUGUUGGCCAGAGAACCGUGGCCUUCAGCAGCCUCAUGCCAGGGUACCGACAUGUUUACCUGGAGGGACUGACGGAGGCGUCCAUCUUCAUCCACGUCACGGUGCAUGAUGUGUAUGGAAAGUGGAGUCCCCUAGUCCUCAAUCCCAGCUAUACUAUUAUGCACUUUCUAGGCGCUAAUAAGAAUCGACAGCUUAAAGGCAUCAGAGGUCUGUUCAACAAGGGCUCCAAGAGAUCCGUGGACACCGGGCUGCCCUUGCGAAAGCGAUCCCUGAGCGACCACCUCUUGCGACGUACAGCCAGUGCCCCUGCCAAAGGCCGCAAGAAGACCAAAAUGUCUCUCGCCGACGCCACCGCAGAGGACACGAAGAAGAGUAGCAACAACAGCGGCGAGGCCGAGGAGGCUUCACAACCACAGGAAGUGGUGACGGCAGUGGUAGUGGACCGUCGACCGGCAGCCAGACCUCCUCUGCAGCACCGGCCUGUCUCCAUGCCCCUGGAGAGACUGCUGCAGGGACAGCUCAGCCUGACGUCUCCCGACAAGCCUGACACAAUCACUGAAGCUCUCACCGAUUUGUCCCACUUUGAAAGCCCCAGAUCCAUCUCCGUAGAUCUCCUCAUCGAAACAUCAGCUCCACCACAUAGUAUUUCUGAUGACCGUUCCUUUAGCGCUGACAACAUCCCUGGCUCGGAUGAGAUGGGCAAUACGGCAUAUCUCGUGAUUGGCGGAGGAGAGGCGCACGUGGAUGACCUGUGCAUGGACCCUCCACUGGACUGCGUUCCUCAGCGGACCAGCGCUGAGGAGCUGUCAAUCAUAUGUGAUCCAUCUUCAUCAAAGCCAGGCUUGGGUUUAUCUGACCAAGUGGAAUUGAACAAUCGUGAAAAUGACAUUUUGAGCCCAGCAAAUCACGAACUAGCUCUUUCUUCUCCUUCCCCUCCUGCCGUGGACCAGGAUGAGCAACAGAGUGUGUUGUCUACUCAAGACAGCACCAUCUCAAGACUCAUCGAUGCCGUUUCCCUAGGUAAUGAGUAUGACACUUGUGCAUCAAUAUCUGCCUUGAUCGGUCAAUUUGAACUCUCCAUGGACCAUGCUACCCCUAAAAAAGAAUCAGGGAAAUCAACUUGUGUCCCGUCUCUCUUCAGUGUGACUCCAAAGUCCAACAAACACAGCAAAGCCCAUUCACACCACAAAACCACAGAUCACUUAAUCAGUCCUCUCAAAGCUCCCUCAAGAUCACAAACACAGACAUCCCCAAGAAAAGCCAGCCAGAACACUGCUAGUAGUGGCCCAUGUACAAUUCCAUUUUACUCAGAGCCUUUACUUCUCUCAAGUCCAGAGACCACGGACCAUGCCGUUUACACUAUACUCGAUGAGGAAGUCCUGUCUCCUGCGUCUGUACAUAACCAAAGGGACGAGUGCAACAGCGAUGACAAGACCGUUCAAAGGUACGGACACAAUGAUAGUGCUGUGGAUUCUUUCACGACCAAACAGCAGCAUGACGACAACGUCAGUGUGGAUCUUGAAGGCACUGCUUCUGCUGUCUCUUGGGGUCAAAUAAGCCAAAGAGGCCAAUAUAAUACUCCGUCCAGAUCCCAGUGUACCUGGGAGGAGGCAGGUGGCUAUGUCACAUCACCAUGCGCCAGUCCUCCAAACCCUGACCACUUCCUCCUGUGCCACGACUCAGCAGGGAGUAGCCUAAUGGAGGUCGAGCUCAAUGUAGAUGGAGAUCCAAUGGAGGAUGCACUUGCAUCUCCACGACGCCAUUGGAAUGGCCACAGAAAUAAUAAUAACACUGCGUCUGUGGAUACUAUACACAAUGGACACUAUGCUUCCCCUCUGCAUAAAAGACCCUCGCACGCGCCAUCACCUCUUCUUCACAAUCCCACUGUCCUACCUUGGCCUCGUCACAGAACUGUAAGUUCCCCAACACAGUUCAACCAACCCAAUGGCUCUUCUGCUAUUAGCUCCAAUCACCACAGCUUUAGUAACAGGCCUGUUUCUAGGGCCCCCCACCAAACCACUCAUCAUAUUAGACACAUAACGAAUGGAAGACAUGGAACUUCACAGGAUAGAAAUGGACAUAAUGAUGGAGUGUCUCUUUAUGAGAACAUCUCAUAUGCUGAUUACCUGUCCGAGCGUCAGAGGCAGAACCCGACCUUGCACAGGGAUUUGUAUUCUCCAGUAUUAGACUAUGAUACUCCCCCCUCUACAUGCACCAAAAAUGGCUUUGCCCCAACUAAUUAUUCUCAGCACACCCAAACCCAAACCCAAACCCAAACAGCACCCUUUGGUGUGGAGCGAAGUUUAGCUCCACCACCACCACAAGUGUCUAAAGCCCCGAGCCCCUGCAAGUCUAAGAGCCUCGGUGACCUGACGUCUGAAGACAUAUCCUGUAACUUCCAAAGCAAGUACAAGGUCAUCAGCCGCAGCUUCGUCACGCCGGCUCGAGACCCCAGACGAAUAGGCUUUAAGCAGCAACCUCAAUCUUCAGACCCCUUAACCGAACAGUUACGUAAGCUAGUGAACUUGGAGCAGGAAGAACGGCACCAGUCCAAACUCAUCCUUCCCAAGCCUUUGCCAAUAUCCCUGCCCUCCCUCCACCCAUGCCCCGUCAGCUCAGCGCAGGAAGCAGCAGCAGACGAUCUCGAAGAUCCCCCGCCCCUCCUUCAUCGCCGGCUGUCCUCACGCAGCCAGAGCCGCGUGCGACACAUCGCCAAUCGCGCCCGCGAGAAACAGGAGGCGCUGAAGCAAUCUCGGCUGCCGUCUGCUUCCGCUGCCACGGCCCAGACCAACAGCAACCAGGUGGUGCUGCGGCAGAAGUCACCAGCAGGCACGCAGCAGAACCCUCUGGCCAACAGACACUCCACCGGCUCCUACAUUGCAGGGUACCUGGAACAGCUGGAGGACAGAGGACUGCCUGAGGGAGCCUGUGCUUCAGUCCGAUACAGCUACGGUGACCAUUACUACACUAAUAACGGCUCAGCACACACAACUGACUCGAGUCUUCCCUCAGAACCUGAGGUCUACUUUCUGCUCAGACUAUGAUAUGAGUUUCCUGCCAUGAACUGAUCAGUAGGAGCCACUGAUAUUUUUGUGUGCAAAUUUUUGAAACAACAAAAGUCUGCGACACCAGGCUCCCGUUUCUCUUUUUUAAUAUGACAUUUUGGGAAACAUGCCCUUUUUGGUUUCAGUUGAUGUCCAGCACCUACAGUAUUUGAGAUGGAUGUAUGUGUUUUCUUUGUCAAACAUGUUUUUUGACGGCACUAGGGCUGUAACGAUUUUGUAUCGAACCGAGAAAUCAUGAUACUCAGUCACGAUACUGUAUCGUGAUACAAGGAGGCAGUAUCGUGAAAUGCCCUUUCAAAGUUCUGUUACACUUCAGUCCAGAAAACAACCACACGAUAUGAUGUGAUAGUGCCUCCAAGCUUGAAAUCAAUAUCCUUAUUAUUUUAAAACUUUAAAAAAUAUCAUAAGUUGCCCUUUUGUAACCUUUUCUAUGGGUCACAAAUCGUGGGUUGUAUCGAACCGUAGAUCAAACAUUGUGAUACAAAUCGAAUCGUGAGUUAAGUUUAUCGUUACAGCCCUAGAUGGCACCAUCUUGCAUCUUGCCAACUUGCUUCUUGCCAGGUCCCGUGCGAAACACUUUGGAAGUCCCAUCAAAGUCCCAUGGUAUGCACAUGGAAUGGGAAAAAAUGAGUGGCUCCUACUGUGUACGACGUACGUCAACGUACAGUAUGUAUGAUGUACCCCAUCCCAUUUCACACUUUAACAUUUGCUAAUGUUGAGGAUGAUUGGCUGUAAAGACAACAUGUUGUACAUACGGUACUAUACGUGUACCUGUUUUUAUGUGUGGAAAAAGUCCUGUCUCGCUGUCCUGCUUGUGAGGCUUCAAUUUUUUCUCUGGCCUACAACAACUGGUGAAUUUUCUUCAGUCUUUACUGUUUGUAACAAUUGUGACCUUACUCAGAGUUACCGCUUCAAUUUCGAGUCCAAGGUAAUAGGACUGUACUGUGAUAUAAUAGCAGUAUGGUCUUUUGUCUAUUGGUCUUUCUCGUUGUCCUUUGAAAAUGUGUAUGUGUGUAUACUUAUACAUUUGGCUCCUAUUUUAAUAGAGCUGUACAGUCUUCCUAUGUAUUUUGCUCUGUUUGUACUGUAUAUACAGAUGUUGUUUGUUUCUAUUUAAAAGCACCAUGCAUUUUCCUGUUUAUAAGUUACAAUGGAGACUAUGUUAAGAAUGCAUGUUAACAGUGGACUUGUCAAGCAUGACUAUGCACCAAGUUUUAGAUGUUUUCAUGCUUUUGCACAGAUUGAAUUUUUAAAAACCUACUGGAUGCAAUACAUAGACCUGCUUGCUUUACCUUUCUCUUGAUUUCAAUAAUGACAACAAGGCAAAUACAACAAAAUAAUGUCAAUAUAAUUAAACUUUUAUUUUUAUAAUUGCUUUGAUACCAAAAGCAAAAUUCAAAUAAAUGCGACUUCUACAGUGUAUUAUUACACAGUGUAUUUGUUACUUUGAAAUGUACAUAUUGGUUAAGAUGCAUUGACAUGGUAGGAUUGAUAUUAUUUUGGUGUCGAUGUAUUAUAUAAUCUGUUUGUAUCUGCACCAAAUGGAAAGCAGAGCAUUUCCCUACGAUUGCAAUAAAACU